AUGUACAAUAUGUUAGUACUAUUUUUGUUUAUUGUUUAUUCUCUUGCUGCACAAGGAAUAGAUUGUGCUUAUCAUAUGAAACCAGAAACUUUCACGUGUUUAAAAAAUAAAGGCUAUGGUGAUUUUGUAAUCAUUAGAGGAUGGAGGUCUAUUGGUUCAUUUGAUUCAGAAGCAGUUAAUUCAUAUAAGAGUGCUAUUGCUGCUGGCAUUUCAGAUAUUGACGUUUAUUUUUACCCAUGUGUUAAAUGUGGAAGUGCAGCUUCUCAAGUCAAUUCAUUUAUUACCCAGGCUAAUACAAAUGGAAUUAAAUGGAAUACUUUAUGGUUCGACGUUGAAAAGGAUUCAUGGAGUAGUAACGUUGCCACAAACCGUCAAUUCUUAGAAGAUUUGUUAUCAGCUGCUCGUGCUGCAGGUAUUAAUCAUGGUAUUUAUUCUGGAUGGGGUGUUUGGGGACAAGUGUUAGGUUCUAGUUAUGUCUCUAAAGAAGCUUCUAAAUUACCAUUGUGGUUUAGUCAUUACGACCAUAAAGCUAACUUCGAUGAUUACAAUAGUGGAAAAUAUAAAUUUGGUGGUUUCACUAUCGCAAUGAAACAAUUUGAAGGAACUACUAAUAUGUGUGGUGUCCUUGUUGAUCUCGAUUAUAAACCUGCUGGUGCCACUCCUGUAAGUCCAGCCCCUGAACCUGAUACACCAGCUGAUGGAAGUGCUGAUGGAAAUUCACCUUCAAGUGACUCAAAUCCUGUCCCAUCAAAUCCAUCAACAAACGACGAAAACCCACCAUCAACCCCAAGCAACGAUGGAAACACACCAAGUGGAGAUUCUACUACUGAUGAAAAUACACCGUCAAGUGAUUCAACUCCUAAUACUCCAUCUACAGAUAGCACACCAUUACCAUCAGGUGGCUCAAAUGAUGAUAUACCAUCAAGUGGUUCAAACACACCAUCAAGUGGUUCAAACACACCAUCAAGUGGUUCAAACACACCAUCAAGUGGUUCAAGCAUACCAUCAAGUGGUUCAACAAACAUACCAUCAAGUGGUUCAACAAACAUACCAUCAAGUGGUUCAACAAACAUACCAUCAAGUGGUUCAACAGGUUCAAAUAUACCAUCAAGUGGUUCAACAGGUUCAAAUAUACCAUCAAGUGGUUCAAGCACUAGUAGUUCAACUGGUUCAAAUAAUACCUCCAAACCACGCAAAACAAAAGAAGAGAAAAGGUUGUCAAAAAGAAUUAGAAAAUUAAAACGACAGUUAUAUGAUAAAAAUGGAAAGUUAAAAGAGAUAAAAAGACGACCAGGAGAGACUAUGGCACAUUUCUUGAAAAGAAAAGAAAGACAACAAAGAAAAGUUGAGAGGUUAGAGAAAAUGGAAAAAAGAAGGGAUUAUCUUAAGAAGGUUAGAAAAGAAAAACGAAAAAUUAAGAGAAUGGAAACAAAGUUAUUUGAUGAGAAUGGAAAAUUAAAAGAAAUUACUCAACGACCUGGAGAAAGUAAAAAGAGUUUCCUCAGAAGAAAGAGACAACAACAAAGAUUGUUACAACGAUAUGAAAAAGAAAAGAAGAAAGAAAAAAUGUUAAAAUGGAAUAACUAUAAAAAAUCUAAACACCCAUUAGCAGAGUUAAAGGGAAAGUUAUUAGACAAAAGUGGUAAGGUUAAAAAGCUUGUGAAAAAAGUGGGAGAGACUGAUGCUCAAUUUGCAAGAAGAGUUGCUAAACAAAAAAAGCUUCUUAAAGAAUAUAAAAAAGAAUUAAAGAAUUCAAAUAAAGGUAGAAAAGACAAAAAAAUAUGGGAUAAAUUGAAACCAAAACAUAAAAAGAAAAGCGGAAUGUUUAGUAAGAUCGAAAGGGAUAUUAAUAAGAGUAUUAAGAAAACAAAGAAAGGUAUUAAGAAUGAUAUUAAGAAGAGUAAGAAGAAAGUUAAAAAAGUUAUAAAGAGAAAGGCAAACAAAGAAGUGUUAAAUAAGAAAAAAACUAAGAAAAUGAUAAAGAAACAAAAUAAAAAAAUGGAUAAAAUAAAGAGAGGCAGUAAUAAAAGAUUAAAUCAAUUACGCAAGAAAUCAAAAAAACAAUUGAAGCAAUUAGAGAAAAAGACAAAAGUUAAAUAUCAACAAGCUAAAAGGAAAAAUGCUCAAAAAGCAAAACAAAUUAAACGAAAUGCUACAAGAAAAGCUCUCGCCAUUAAACGUAAUACUCAAAAGAAAGCAGCUGCUAUAAGACGUAUGGAAAAAAGAAAAGCAGCUAUUAAGAAACAACAGACCAAAAAGAGAAUAAUUCAACGAAGAAAUACUAAAACAAGAAAACCAGUAAGAAAAGUUACUAUUACAAGAAGAAGAUAA